GUGCUGCCGGGCACGGCCCCUCGCCGUGACACACCGCUGUCGACACGCCGCGCUGGCGCCAGGCCCGCACGGAGGGGUGCCGGGGAGGGCGGCGCUGCCCCGCGGCCGAUCGGGCGGUGAGAUGGCGGCGGUGCUGCGGCGCGGAGCGGCCGGGCUUCUUAGCAGAUUGCAGAUCUCAGCUCCAACAAUACGAACUCUAUCAUCAUCAAAGCCCUUUUCACAAAACAUUCCAAGCUGUUUGUGGAAACUGGGCCGACUUAACCAUGUGGCAAUUGCAGUUCCUGAUUUGGAGAAAGCUCAGUCCUUGUAUAAAGAUGUGUUAGGAGCCCAGGUGAGUGAGACUGUUGCUCUUCCUGAACAUGGUGUCUACACUGUUUUUGUGGAGCUGGGAAAUACCAAGCUGGAACUUCUACAUCCUUUAGGAGAGAAAAGUCCCAUUGCAAGCUUCCUGCAAAAAAACAAGACUGGAGGAAUGCAUCAUAUCUGUAUUGAGGUUGAUGACAUAAAAGCAGCUAUGACAGAACUGAAGAAAAAAAAGAUACGAAUAUUGAGUGAAGAGCCAAAAAUAGGUGCACAUGGCAAACCUGUGAUUUUUCUUCACCCUAAAGAUUGCCAUGGAGUCCUUGUGGAACUUGAGCAAGCUUGAGCUGCAAUAUUCAUAAAUAAAAGAAUAGAAGAGUUGUGAAGUUCCUGAGCUGGUGCUGGGAAUAUUGAUGUGGUAUUCAGUCUUUACAAGUUCAUUGUAGUUCCCAUGGAUUAAGUACAGCUUUUGAGUACUGAAAUAGUGCUACAGAUUUAGGGUCUUUUUUUGUUGUUGCUGAUCUGAUUUUCAGAAUUAAUAUUGUUGGCAUUUCUUGAAUUCUCUGUGAUUCUAAAAACAAUACAUGUGCUAAGUUACAUAUGUACCAUAGUAAUUUAUGUUUUGUUGCCUGUUUGCAGCAUGAUUUUACUUCUGUAGCCACAGAAACUGUACAGUUUCUAGGUCAACCCACAGUAUUUUGCUCUACAUUUCAGAGUAGAGACCCACUUCUCAGUGACAACAAUAUAGCUUAGACAUUUUCAUUAGAAAGAAAGGAAAAACAAACAUUGUAUUUUCUCUUUUCACCAUUCACCGUCUGUGCUUCACACUGAUUGAUCGGUUCAUGCAAUAAAAAAAUCCAUGUAUUAUUGUAUGGGUGUCUGCAGUCAGUAAAUAAGUUUUUCUUGGCAUAACAAUUACUGCCAAGGAAGUUACCAUGCAUAAAUCAUCCUUUAGUUGUUUUAUGAACUCUGUGGAUAUGCAGGCAAUGAGAACCUGAAAAAUUAUUUGCCUGACAUACAUUUCAGACUGUAAUGCACUUGUGAUAUUUUAGUUUUUUCAUUUUUAGGGUUUUUUUAAAUUUUUUUUUUCCCCAAGCUUUAUCUACAGAAGAAUAUCUUGGGGAGACAUGAACAAGUAAUGAUUAACCUUUUCACUUACUUUACAAAUAUGGUUUUCCUAUGCAAAAGCACUUACAAAAUGAGUGGAAAACACACACCACAUAAGUCUUGCUUCUGUACAUGGUUGUUAACAUUAAAGACCAUGCCAGCAUGCUGAUGUCACAGCCUGCAGUCACACUUUUGUCAACUUAUUUAGGGACAGACUUCACUUUAUUGGUAUACAUUACCCAAGCAGUCUUUUCCUGAUACUUUCUUUUAUAGGUUUGUUUUGACAUUUCAACUGUAGAAAUAGAAGACUUGCUAUUUCUCUAGUUUUUUUAAGCCUUAAAAACUCAUACUUUCCUAGCUUAAUCUGAAUUUUAAAUUUUCCUGCAUCUCUGCAUAUACAGUGAGAACCUUCAGUUUGAUAUGAAGUAAGGUCAUUUUAGUCUAGGAGAGUUUUUACUUAAUGGAAUGGAAUUACUUGUAAUGUGUGUCAUGUUUGCUGCAACAAAAUACAAAUAUAAUGUCGACCUGAGAUUUAAACAUGUUUUUAAAGACAUUGACACUUCCUCAUGAAUUCUACUUCUGAAAAAAUCUCUACAAAGCCAUACUUUUUUAUUUUAAUGAGAUAGUUUUGUACUCAAAAUAAAUACACCUACUGUCAUCUUUUAAGAAAAAUACAGCCUUCCACAGGGUUCCUACAUUUCAUCAAAUCACUGCCAUUCUGAGAGACAUUCUAUGAGCAAAGCUGCUUUUGUCUUUUCAUUCUGUCAAAGACAAGGAGGUACCUUUUCUGCAAAACCAGCAUAGGAAUGCCAAUACUAGAAGCCUCACUGGUUAAGAUAAUUGAACAGAAGUCUUUAAACCCAAUACCCUUAGUUUGGUGCAACAGAAACAGUCCUCUCUAGGUUCAUUCUCCAUUUCUUUGACCUGUCUGAAGGAGAUGGACUUUUGUGUAUUACAUCUAUCAAUACACUCAGAGUAGUAGUUUGAGGUAGUACUAGAGAACAGAGAUUUUUGAGUAAACAACACUUGCUCCACCUGCUGAUUGUGCUCCCUAUCUUAUUGGCAGAAAGAACCUUGUAUAAUAUGCUUUAGCUAGUAACCAGCAAUUUUCCUGACUGAUGGCGUGGGGUUGCCUAGCACUAAGUCAGCUGAUGUAUUUUGUUCAUCGUAUCUAAGUCAUGCCCCUAUCUCACUCAGAGUUUAUACCUUUCUUCUGACUACUCCUAAGGUGGAAGUCAAGAUAUUAUGAAAAAAACCCAACAACCCCCUCCAACCGCCCCCCCCCCCCCCCCCCCCCCAGCCCCGCAAAAGAGAGUUUAGGUCUGCAAAUUAGUCAAUACCCAAAACUGCAUCAUGUUCUUACAAGCUGUUACAAUUUGAUGGGAUCAGACCCCCUUGCUUGUCUGGGUGUGCGCUACAGGAUAGGAGAAUUUCCACCUCUGGAGCUAUAGACUUGGAGAAUAGCCAAGGGAGCUGGACAGCUACAGGAUCUGAAGACAGCUACAACUGAGAGAAGUGUCCUGUUCAUAAACUCAUAAACUUAACUCCCUUAGACUUCAGUGGGAACAGAAUCUAUAAACUGUGUAGUCCUUCACCUUAAGGCAGGCAGCCUUCACAAGUCGUUGUUCUGAAUUACCAAGGGGUUGGAUGGGGCUUAGAUAUAUGGGCCUUACUCGUUGUCACUGCCGUGAUUAUAAGAGGGUAGUAACAUCAAGAAAAACAGUAAAUUCAGGGAUGGAAACUGGGGGAAGAGAGAACUCUGAUUUGCUCCUUUCAGUGGAGGGACAUUUAACAAUACACCCCUGUUGCACCAUUAUACAACUUCUGGGAAGAACAAAACUGAUUAUCUUGGAAGGGAAUUAGGCUUUGACAGUGUUUAUUCUUCUUUGGUUUUUGUCUGGUGGCUUUUUUAAAACAGCAGUACCUUCUCUGAUAAUGUCAAGCUUCUCAGAAGACAAAGUAUUAAUAUUUUGCUGGUAAAUUUUCUCACGCUUGUGCCAUUUGUCAAGUGCAAGUUCCCUGUUCCAGUCUCUCAUCUCCCCCUCUGAGCUGAAGCAUGUUCCCAUUUUAUGCUGCCUAAGGCAGACAAGACACAUUUUUCUGGACUCCAUCAACAUUACUCAGGCAACUAAGGAGCUCAUAAUUAAAUUAUGCAAAAUAUCUUUUUCUACUUCCUCUAUGCAACUCUCAAGUUGCUCUUAGGUGGGAGGAGGAGAACAGGCUGCAGAAUGAAUCCCAUUCCUUAUAAUGAGAGAAUCCUAGAAGCAAACUCAAAAAGCUGAGAAAAUAACCAACUGCAUGCUUUUUAAAAGCUAACCUUACAGUUUUGCAAUUCUGCAAAAACUCCAAUCCUGUCAUGCUUAUUGUGCAGUUAAUGCACCCGAAUUUCAUUCUGAAUUCAGUUGCUUUCAUUAUUACCAUAUCAAGCUGAAGUCUCGUAGAAAACCAUGAAACAUGGAGAUGUUUACAUUAUCUAGUUGAGGUACUUAGAGUAGGAGCUUUGAAUGAUAUCCUUGGCACUUCAUUUGAUUCUGUCCGUACAAGGAAUUCUUCCUGUAGUGAUCUGACAUGGGUUUGUUGGAUAUAAGAACCCUUAAUUAAGAGAAAAACUCCGAAUUAAUUGUUUCAAUACUCAGUUCUUUUACCAAAGCAGUUGCCAUGUUGGCCAAAUUAUGAGGCUGUCAAACAGCAUAAGAAGAUCAUCAAGUUCAACCAAUUAAUUAAUAUGAAAAUGGAAACUAACAAGAGAUUAAUAAAUUAAUCAACCCAGUGAUGACAUUUUAUAAUGGAAGACCUCAACCACUUAGGAAUGCAAACUCUGUCACCUUUGAUAAGCAUUUUUAAAGCAUUUUGAACAUUUAAUGAAAUACAUAUUUAUCUUAUUGUGAAGGAGGGAUGUUUGUACCCUGUGAUUGUAUAAUCCUUAAAUAUCUAUAAAAUUAUGUCACCUGUUUA